CUCUCUCUCUCUUUCUAUUCCUCUCUUUUCUGUUUCUCUCACUAAACCGAGCAGUGUCCGAUUGAGCUCGAAUAGGGAGAGAGAGAGAGAGAGAGAGAGAGAGAGAGCUUCGAAUUCGAAACUUCUCUCUUACAUGUCAAGGCAAAACCCUCGGCCCUCGCCCUCGCCUCUCCGAAUCCUCCUCGCUCUCCGCUGAAACCCUAGAUGUCUUCUUCCUCUUCGUCGUCUUCUGCUGCCACUGGUGCUCCCGCGCGAGAGCUCCGCUCGGUGGACCCUAGCAUCUGGCGCGCGUGCGCCGGCGCGUGCGUCCAGAUCCCCUCCGUCCACUCUAGGGUUUACUACUUCCCCCAGGGCCACCUCGAGCAUUCGCCGGCCCAAUCCCCGCCUAUCCUCUCCCCUCUCGCCAUCUCGAGGACCUUCGUGCCGUGCCUCGUUGGGGCGGUCCACUACUUCGCCGACCCUCUCACCGAUGAAGUCACCGCCAAGUUCCUCCUCCGGCCUGUGGUGAACCCUAGCGCUCCUCUGCAGCCGGAGAACCUGGCUUCUGCUGGCAAUGAGCCGGAGGAGAAGAUUGUGUCCUUCGCCAAGACGCUGACGCCGUCGGAUGCGAACAACGGGGGAGGCUUUUCGGUCCCCAGGUUCUGUGCGGAUACGAUAUUUCCUCCGUUGAAUUUCAACGUGGAUCCCCCGGUGCAGCAGCUAUCGGUGAGGGACGUCCACGGCUGCGUGUGGAACUUCCGGCACAUCUACAGGGGCACACCGCGGCGGCAUUUGCUGACCACCGGGUGGAGCAAGUUCGUCAACAAUAAGAAACUCGUGGCCGGCGAUUCGGUGGUGUUCAUGAAGAACUCGAAGGGAGAAAUGUUCGUUGGGAUACGGAGGGCGGUGAGGAACACCGGCGUGGAAUGCGCCAGGUGGAGGGAGCAGAUUGGUGGUGGAAGGCUGAAGGUAGAGGAAGAGAGUGCUCCGAGAGAUGGAUUCUCAAGGAAUGGCCGAGGGAGGGUGUCGAUGGAGGUGGUGGUGAAUGCAGUUGAGACGGCGGCUCGGGGACUGCCAUUUGAGGUGGUUUAUUAUCCGAGGACAGAGUGCUCGGACUUUGUUGUGAAGGCAGAGAGGGUGGAGGAGGCGCUGAAGUCACUUUGGACGGCUGGGAUGAGAAUUAAGAUGGCAGUAGAGGCCGAGGACUGCUCUAGGAUGACGUGGCACCACGGGGUGGUUUCCUCCGUCGGUGUUAAUGAGAAUGGGCUGUGGCGGGGUUCGCCAUGGCGAAUGCUUCAGGUUACAUGGGAUGAACCUGAAGCUAUGCAGGACAAGAGGUCUGUGAGCCCUUGGCAGGUCGAAUCCAUUGGACCUGGAUCGCCCCUUGAUUCUGUGUAUCCUCCAGUUAAGAAAUUGAGAGUUCCUCUCAGAUCUGCUUUGGGAACUGAAGGAGAAACCAGUCACUUUUUCGAUAUGGCUGGAUUUACUAAUUCUAUGGUGCCCUACAGUUCACCAUUUUUCAACUAUAACACUCCCAUUGGCAUACAGGGAGCCAGGCAAGAUGCGUCUAGAGCAUUUAGUUUAGUGAACUACGUGGAUGAAAAUGCCCCUAUGUACACCUGUAAUAUCUUUGGCGACAAUAUGGUGCCAAAGCCAAAAGCUAUCUGCACUGAUCUCAAUAUUGGUAGUUCAGCCUCUGAAACCUUAUCAACUGAUAGCCCGAGUAGUGGGCAUUCCUUUGGCCUAGAAAUUUCUGGAAAUCAACUCUGCAAUACUUCAAAGAUUGGCGGUGUUUCUUCAAUCCAGCUAUUUGGUAAGACUAUUCAUGCAAAGAAUCCUGCCGAUAGCAAUUUAAACAGUGUUGUUAGCCCACCGGAUGAUGGCUCCAAAAGGCCUGGUGAAGCUGGAUAUGUGAGCAUACCACCGGAUCUUUCUUUGACCUGCCUGAAGGCACGGUGACCAGUGUCAGAGCCUCAGUUGUUAAAACUUUUCUUCUGUGAGUGUGAGGUUCAGGCUAUGGCUUGCAGAUAUGUAGGUGUACAGGUAUGUUCUCUCCAAUAUAUACACCCUUCUUAUUUCAUUCAGCAACUGAGAAAUUUAUGUGGCUGAAUGAUUGAUAUGGCACCCCCGCUGAUUGUUAAAAGAUUUAGAGUUCUUAUAUUAAUUUUCCCAAUAUCUUAAGAGGAGAUUGGAAAUGAACUGGAAGUUUGGCUAGAGCUGGUAGCUAUUUUCUUUUUAGGCAGCAAAGUUCACUUUGGCCACCUGUACUAUUCUACAUCUGAUGAGUUAAGAAUGUGUAUCCUCUUAACCAAUUGCAAUGGCGCUCUGGAUGCCACAUUUAAACAAGUACCUAUUUUCUGUUUAUUGGUGAUUAUUCCUUCAUGUUUACACCCUAGAUGUCAUUUUGCACAAAGCCCACGGCGAACUAUCACUGUGAAAUUACCGGAACUGCACUGUGGACAAGAUUCUCCAUUGAAAUGAACGUAGACGACAAGAAUGACAUAUUGGCUUCUUAUUCUGUAGCUUGGUAUCGGCAAUAAGCUAAAGAUGAAAUAAAGAAAAUCUGGAGCCUGGGGUCAUGUUUAUCAGUGCGACUAGUGUACAAGCAACUGAAUAGGCAGCAGCAUCGAAUUUAUUCAAAGUGUGUAGGUUUUUGACCUCGUGCAUACGCCUUUUAUUUUGUGUGGGAAAACGGUUGUUGAACUAACAAUUUCAGGUGAUAGGCCUCGUAUAUUGCUUUGUGUCAUCAUUGUGAGUUUACAGUUGAUCAUCUCCACUUCAUUCAAGUUUCUGUGACUCCUUUUGCUUUUUGGCAGGUGGAUCUUUUUUCAGGAACUUGACUCGACCAACGAGUUUUGUCACGGGGAAGCAGAAGCCCAUCCUCUUGCUUUAGGUAGUGAAAAAACUCCAUGGCACUCUCAUCCGAUGAGUGCAAAGUAUUAGUGUAAAGCCCAGUGUGGUAGUGUCGGUUUUCAGACAUUUUAGAAGUGCUGAUAGACUGAUGUUUGAUGUUUUCCAAUCAACUGUUCAAAGCUGCCAUUUGCAUUGUUUGCUACUA